AUGGCUUUAGAAGCCACAAUGCUGCAAGAAAAUAUGGCUGUCGAAGCCAAUAACUGUGAAAAUGGCAAAUUAUUGCCAAUGACUCAAAAAUUGGACUGCAUCUAUGAUGAAGAACCAUUAGGAUUUGAAAAGGAUCCUUCCAGCUCCAGUCAAAAGAUGCAGGCCCAAGACCCUUUGGAGGAAAUAGAUAUUGGAGAUGGCUCGAUCAAAAGGCCAACGUACAUAAGUGCUAAUAUCCCAAAGGAAUUGCGUGAUAAACUGGUUGAACUCCUCAAAGAGUUCAAAGAUUGUUUUGCUUGGGAUUAUGAUGAAAUGCCAGGUUUAAACAGAGAUUUGGUCGAACACAGAUUACCCAUUCGACUAGACAAGAAACCAGUUAAACAAUCACCAAGAAGAUUUGCACCAGAAAUCCUAUCUAAGAUCAAGGAGGAAAUCGAAAGGCUGCUGAGAAGCAAGUUCAUCCGGACUGCCAGGUACGUCGAAUGGUUAGCAAAUAUAGUUCCUGUCAUUAAGAAAAAUGGUUCUCUUAGAAUAUGUAUAGAUUUUAGGGACUUAAAUAAUGCUACCCCUAAAGAUGAAUAUUUGAUGCCUGUAGCAGAAAUGCUAAUAGAUUCAGCAGCAGGGUUCGAAUAUCUUAGCAUGUUAGAUGGGUAUUCUGGUUAUAACCAAAUUUUUAUCGCUGAGGAAGAUGUGGCAAAAACAGCUUUUCGAUGCCCAGGGGCCUUGGGAGACUUCCUUGGAUUUGUGGUGCAUAAAAAAGGCAUUGAGAUAAACCAAAAUAAGACAAAAGCUAUUUUGGAGACUAACCCUCCAACAAACAAAAAGCAACUUCAAUCCUUGUUGGGAAAAAUCAACUUUCUGAGAAGAUUCAUUUCAAAUCUAAGUGGUAAGGCUCAAGCUUUUUCACCAUUGCUUCGACUCAAGAAAGAAGAUGUUUUUACUUGGGGGCAGGAUCAGCAAGAAGCAUUUGAUGAAAUCAAAAAAUACUUGUCUAAUCCUCCAACUCUGAUGCCACCAAUUAGAAAUAAGUUUAUGAAGUUGUAUAUUUCAGCAUCUGAUACCACAUUAGGUAGUAUGUUAGCCCAAGAGGACGAAAAUGGCGAAGAAAAGGCCAUUUAUUAUCUAAGUAGAGUCCUUAAUGAUGUUGAAACUAGAUAUAGUAGUAUUGAAAAGCUUUGUCUUUGUUUUCGAAUUGGAAGAUGGGCCUUAGCUCUUUCUGAAUAUUCACUUUCAUACAAACCUUUGAAAGCAAUUAAAGGCCAAAUAGUGGCUGACUUUAUUGUUGAUCAUUCAGCAAUUGAAUCACCUCAAAAUUACAUUGCUCUAGAACCAUGGACGUUGUAUUUUGAUGGGUCUAGACAUCAACAUGGUACUGGAAUAGGUAUUUUGAUAAUUUCCCCACAAAAAAUUCCUACUAAGUUCAAAUACAGGAUUAAUGGUAUUUGUUCGAACAAUGAAGCUGAAUAUGAGGCUUUGAUAGCAGGAUUAGAAAUAUUAUUGAGCCUGGGGGCAAAAGACAUUAAAAUAAAAGGUGAUUCAGAAUUAGUUUUGAAACAAUUAACAAAAGAUUACAAAUGUAUUAAAGAGCAUUUGAUUCGCUAUUUUGUUAUCGCGAAUGCGUUACUAAAACGUUUCGAUUCGAUUGACAUAGAACAUGUUCCUCGAAUAGAAAACCACGAAGCAAAUGACUUAGCACAGAUUGCUUCAGGAUACAAAGUGUCCAAAGAAAAGUUGGAACAAUUAAUAGAAAUCAAAGAAAAAUUGAUUUCUAAUGAGCCAAUGCAAUUGGAAUUGUCAAUGCCAAAACUUGAGGGGGCAGAGAUGUCACCAAAUGACAUAAAUAAUUCUGAUAAAGAAAUGAAUUAUGAUGAAUUCCAAAUUUUUGUCAUUGACAAUUUAGUAGAUGGUGAUUGGAGAAAACCAAUUGUAGAAUAUUUGGAGAAUCCAAUCGGGAGUGCUCCUCGAAAGAUCAAAUAUAGGGCGUCAAAUUAUGUGAUCAUUGGUAAUGAAUUGUUUAAAAAGACCCUCGAAGGAGUACUGUUGAAAUGCCUUAGUGAGAAUGAGGCCUACAUAGCAAUAUCUGAUGUUCAUAGUGGGGCCUGUGGUUCUCACCAAUCAGGUCAUAAGAUGAAAUGGCUUUUAGUUCGACAAGGCAUGUACUGGCCAUCUAUGUUAAAAGAUUGCAUAGAUUUUGCUAAAGGUUGUCAAGAAUGUCAAAAACAUGCAGGAAUCCAACAUGUACCUGCAAGGUUUAAACUUUUGACUUCGACACCUUAUUAUGCGCAAGCAAAUGGUCAAGUAGAAGCUGCCAAUAAAAUUAUUAUUGGAUUAAUCAGAAAGCAUAUUGCUCAAAAGCCAAGAAAUUGGAACAAGACUUUAAAUCAAGUCUUAUGGGCAUGUAGAAAUUCCCCUAAAGAAUCAACAAACUCUACUCCAUUUCGAUUAACAUAUGGUCAUGAUGCCGUGUUACCAGUGGAAAUUUAUUUGCAAUCUAUCAGAAUUCAAAGGCAAAUGGAGAUACCAAUUGAUCACUAUUGGAGUAUGAUGUUUGAUGAAUUGGUUGAUUUAGACGAAGAAAGGCUAAGAGCGCUUGAUACUUUAAGUAGACAAAAAGAAAGAGUAGCAAAAGCCUACAAUAAGAAGGUUAAAUCAAAAACCUUUGAAGUGGGGAAUUUAGUUUGGAAAGUUAUUUUGCCUAUGGACAAAAAAGAUAGAGUUUUAGGCAAAUGGUCUCCAAAUUGGGAAGGACCUUUUAAAAUAAUACAAGUGUUUUCGAAUGGUGCAUAUGAAAUAGAAGAAUUAACUUCAGAAAAGCGAACAUUGAAUAUAAAUGGUAAGUAUUUGAAAAAAUAUAAACCAACGCUUUUAGAAGUUAAUAUUAGCACAGAAUAA